UGCAAAACGAGUUAGUGCGUUGAGUGCUUACUCUAGCAAUGUUACGUCAAUGCGGACAAAUUCAGGUUUUGUGUUACGUGUUGCUGCUGCUAAGCGAGUCGAAAAACGUGUUCAGUGAUGCUACGAAGUCACAGAAUGGCGUCAAGUCAGUUCCACCAUUUAUGGUAGCUUCUCGUCAUCUCGAUCAAGUACGUUUUCAGUGCUAUCUUAACAAUCUUCCUGCAAAAGACGGCGAAACAAAAUGGUUGAGAAACAAUCGCACAAUCGAUUGCAAUCACAACAACAGAGUAUUUGCCUGCACCAACAUAAUAAUCAUAAAAUUCUUCACAGAAAAAGAUGCAGGAGAGUAUACAUGCACGACAACAGGGCACACUGGCAUAAAGAAGUCUGUUUCAACUCAUAUUUUUGUGCCUGCUUACUUUACUAAUCCAGCAGAUGAAUUUUUUGAAGUCCAUGAAGGAGACAGUCUAGAGAUACACAGCUCUGUGUCUAAUCUCUCUUAUCCUGAUCUUAGAUAUGUACUAUGGAAACGAGGCAGCAAGUUCAUUACUGACGGACGAGUUCUACGUUUGAAAAAUAUCAGUGCAGAUAUUUCGGGUGUAUACGAAAACAUAGUUUUUAAUGGAUACGGAAAACGUGCCACAAAGAAGUACUACAUCUGUUUGUUAAAUGUUCGUCCGUUUGAGCACGUUCAAGGUUGUGUGACUGAAAGUUUAGAACCAAAAACGAGAGAACCCUUGAUGGUACAAAGAAGUGAUGGAUACCUACGAGAGUCCGUAAAUGAUAAAAGUAAACAAUUUCGAAAAACAGUUUCUUAUCAAUUUGUUGUAACUUUUCUGCUGAUUUUGAUGACUAUGUGAGUUGAAAAUAAGGUCUUGAAGCUUUACAACUUUAAAAGUUUUUACACAAAAUUGCUGUUGUUGCUUGUUUGUAUCAAUUAAGUACUUAAUCAUUGUAUUGUGUACAAUAUUAAUCUUUUUGCAAUUUGACGUCAAUUUAUCUGCA